AUGGGGACAAAUGGAUUGAUGGAAGUAAGAGUCGAGUCUCACAUUGAUGAUAUUGCUUUACGACUCCAUGAAUCCAUAUCGUCCGUCCCAAAGCUUCUUCAAUCUGUUAACCAGUCAACCCAAAACCUCGAAUACACUCAUUGUGAGAGUCCAUGUUCGGAGGCUCCAUCUGAACCUGCAUCUCCUCUAGAAAACCGGAAGUCAAGGAAUGUAUGGUUACCUUCUGAUGAUGUCAUGCUUGUUAGCGCAUGGCUCAACACUAGCAAGGAUCCGAUCAGAUCCAAUGAGCAAAGACGUGGAGCAUUUUGGGAGAGGAUUGCGGAUUACUAUGCGGAAUGUCCGAAUGCUGAAGGUCGGCCAAAAAGAGAGGCUCGUCAUUGUAAACAGAGGUGGGGGGGGAUAAACGACUUUGUCUGCAAGUUUGUUGGUUGUUUCGAAGCUGCAACAAGGGAGAAGUCUAGUGGACAAAACGAAGAUGAUAAAUGGUGUGCUAGCACAUCAUCUAAAGUUAAUGGAGUGAAAAGGGGAAGGGUGGUGGGUGAGGAUGUGUCCGCACAACCUGUGGUUGAUGUCAAAGAUGAACCACAGCCCCGUCCUCCUGGUGUUAAGGCUGCAAAGGCUGCAAAGGGGAAGGCUAAACCGGCUGUGGAGGAGGAUGGAAAAGCUUUCUUGGAGUUUCAGCUGGAACGUGUUACGCGGAUGUAUGACAUGAAGCAAGCGGAUUUUGCUUUGAAGGAGAAGGAGUUCGCUAUGAAAAAGGAACAUAGCUUACAUGUGAUGUUUGAAGCUCUCAUUGCUAAAAAGGAUUCACUUAUUGAAACUGAAAAAGCCCUUAAGGAAAAACUAAUUAAUGAUUUGAUGUCAUCGGGUUGA